GAAACGAAAAAAUAAAUAAAUAAAUAAAAUAAAACAAAAGUAGAAGGAAAAAGAAUCUAAGAAAGUAUCCGAAAAUCCCUAACUUAUAUAAUCCUUGUCCUCUUGUUUUUUUCUGUCUUUUGUGCUGUAACCCCAAGCUCUCAAUUCUGUGUUUUCUGCUCAUUUAAUUUAUUUCUAUUGAUAAUUUACAAAAUCUGGGUUUCAUGGAUCAGUCCAUUCCUGAAAAGUCCCUGUAAUUUAUUGGGCAUUUUGGUAUUGGUUAGAUUUGUGAAAUCAAGAAAUUUGAAGUUUUGUUCUGGUUGGAUGAGCAUGAAUCAAAAUUAAUUAAAAUUAAAGUGUGAAGAUCAAGGUAAUGGCUGCACCAAGGAGUAUAGUGGUGGAGACGGGUCGGUUUGAUGAAGAGAAGAGGGUGGAUAUGUCGUCUGUUGCAGCUGAAUUGGAUUCGCCGACAGGAAAGAGGUACAAGGAAGGGAAGUUUCCAUUGUCAAGGUGGGAAUUUGGAGCAGCUUUUGCUGUUAUUUUGGUGUUCUCAACAGGCUUUCUUUGCAUUUACUUGUCAAUGCCAGCUCCUGAGUAUGCUCAACUUAAGCUGCCUCGUACCAUCUCUGAUCUCCGCAUUCUCAAAGAUAACCUCGGAAUGUAUGCGGAAGUCUACCCGGCAAAAUUCAUUCUUGGUUACUGCUCAAUAUACAUAUUCAUGCAGACAUUUAUGAUUCCUGGGACAAUUUUCAUGUCCUUACUUGCUGGAGCACUUUUUGGCGUUUUCAGAGGGCUUCUCUUGGUUGUCUUUAAUGCAACAGCUGGUGCAUCGUCCUGCUAUUUUCUGUCUAAAUUGAUCGGCAGGCCUAUAGUUAACUGGAUGUGGCCUGAAAAGUUGAGAUUUUUCCAGGCAGAGAUAGCCAAGCGUCGGGAUAAGUUGCUCAACUACAUGCUUUUUUUGAGAAUAACUCCAACAUUGCCAAAUCUUUUCAUCAAUUUGGCAUCUCCUAUUGUGGAUAUACCAUUCCAUAUUUUCUUUUUGGCCACCGCAGUUGGUCUCAUCCCAGCUGCUUAUAUUACAGUAAAGGCUGGCGUAGCACUUGGAGAACUGAAGUCUGUCAAAGAUCUAUAUGAUUUCAAGACGUUGUCUGUGCUUUUCCUCAUUGGUGCUCUCAUAAUUUUACCAACUGUCUUGAAGAGGAAGCGAAUAUACGAAUAGAGUUUUCGACCAGCAGAUCACCUAAGGAACUUCAACAUAUGUAUUACGACUUGACAGCAAAUUGGAGAGGCAGGACCAAGGUACAGCCCUUCAUUUUCCAGUAUGGUGGAAAGGCAGUUUCAUGUGAUAACAGGUUUAAUCAGGAGGGUUGAUAAAUGUUAUAUACUGCGUUCUACGCCCAUUUUUUGUGUUAACCAUUUACUCCCUGUCAUUGGUUGAAGCCAAAGUGAUAGAAUAUACUAGUACUAUUUACUGCAAUGCCAAAAGUAACGGACAGUAAAUAGAUUCUGAUUGUAAGAUGAUAACAUUUUCAUUGCAAUUACCUUCAUAGUGGAACACGAUGUUGUGAGACCUUAUGAAUUAUUUUCGAUAAAUAGAUCUAUAAAUUUGGUCA